AUGACAGACACCAGUGGCCUGACCCUGACGUGUCAGAUACCAGCUCUUAAUAGAAGAAAACUGUCUACCACACAUAUACGAAAAUUGUGUUCAUACGAGUGUAAACUGGAGGCCAUAAGCCUACCGAUAUGGCAAGAGUGGCGUGGCACAGACAUCCUCCUCAUUUACGAGAUAAAUGUCCCUUUCUCGGGCUCUAGGGAUGAUUCCGGAGGCCGGAGAAUGCGUCCUUGUGAUGUAUUUGUAAUGGGAAAGGAAUGGCGCCGAAAUUCCAACCCUGCAACCCCCAUUGAAAAUGCGGUUGUUGCCAACUUAAGGUCAUUGUUUUUCCAGUUGUGGGAGAGCACGGCUCUCACACUUGAUGAUGUGGAUAGGAGAUGGAAAGGAGGACAAGAAAAGACCAUGCAGAAUGAGUUGAGGCGAAGACUGAGGUCCCAGGCACCAGGGGUGAUCCCCCUCAUUGGGCCUCAUUCUCCGUCUCUCAACCCCUCCCCCCCACCGACGCUAAUGAGCAUGGGAGUGGGGGUCGUCCAGUCUCAGUUCCAAUUUGGUCGUCGUCAAGAAAGGAGUGUCACAACCCCGCUGGCAUUUUUCGUAUUGACAGCCUUUCCUAUAAGUGAGGAAAUGUGCAAAAAAGAAUUCAGUGACAAUGUAAACAACCAAAAAAAGAGGAAACCUUUUCAUCCACGCUGUCCACGUGGAGCCUUAGCCAUUCCUCGGCCCAUUCCAGGAUCCCAACCUGCAGUUAGGACCUCCUUCCUGGUCUUCCUGGCGUUGUCCCUGGCUUUGCUGCCCCUCCUGGCUACCGUCCCCAAAGACUCCUUCCAGCCUGAGGUCCUCCAGAGCCCCAGGAGGUUCCCAGUACCCCAGGCCAUCCAGAUAAGGGAUCCGAUAUUCAAGAAGGGCUGUUACAACUACGAGAAUGUCACCGCUACGAACGUGUGUUGCAAGAUGAAGAGGUACGAUUUCCCCGACGUUGCGAAGUGCGUGCAAGCUUUCAACGCUACACGGAACUUUCGCAAGUCUUUGUUCAAUCCUCAGCAUGUGAACUCAAGCUCAAAGGAAAUCAUUAAUAUUGUCUUUGUUGGAGACUCUCACAUGCGGUAUCUGUUCGCAGCUGCCUCCCUACGCCUUGCAAGUCCUCUUCUGCGAUUCAGAAACAGAAAAGACAUGAAGUGGAAAGAUGGAGUCAGAGCUCUAAGACGCAUGCGGAGCCAGCGCUUCCUCCUCACCGUUCUCGAGACGAAGCACCUGGCGCUCCCCGUCCGCGUCACCUACUUCGCGGACCUCCUCGGGGAUUCCGCGCCUCAUGGACCUCUGGGAGAAGGGGGAGGAAAUCGAGCCAACCGUUGUGGUCAUGGAUUCCGGGCUUCACUUCAUGACCAAACGUCCCGACAGGAAGGCAAUCCCUUAUGAGAAGUCGCUCAAAUCCCUGGCGCCUUAUUUCACACGUCUCGCUGCCACUGUACCUGUCUAUUACAAACUCACUGAUGACCUUCAGGCAUCCAGGCGUAGUAUACACAAUUUUAGCUUGUAUUAUACCAAGCUGUACAACGAAAUUGCUGUCCGGGAACUACAGGGAACUGGGGUGACCUUGUGGGACAGCACGUUGCCCCUGUCUGUCCAAUACAA